AAAAAAUUAAUAUCUAUUUUAAAAUUAAUGUCACAAUAAGUUCUCUGGGAAGUGGUUAAAGGAAACAAUGCCUUUUUGGUUAAGAGAAAUGGAUUAACAUUGUCAACGGACCCAUUCAAUAACACUGGAGUGUAGACAUAUGGAAAUACAGGUAUAAGGGUGAAUCUAAUUAAUUUAAGGAUUCAUUAGUCAAAAUGCAGUUGGUGUUGUUCCAACCUCAGGAAAAACAAAUUAGAUUAAUAAUAUUAAUUUGGUCGCAAGAAAGAGCACAAAAUUCUAAUAAGUUGAUAGAAAAUCUAAAAACACUUAAUCAGUGUAUGCCUCUACAUUGGCUGUUAAACAUGGAGUACAUACUGCUUCCAGAGUAAUAAUUUUAUUAAUAAUCUUAGGUUAUCAGAAAGAGAUUCGGUACUUCAAGACUUGGAUUACAAAAGGCAGCCCUUAGAAAGUUGGUAAAUUUAAAUAGAUCAAAUGCAGUCAGAAGAAGAAAUGAAGUGGCUGCUGCUAAAGCUUAAAAGAAAUGAUUUGCAUUAUCAAACGAUGUACAAUAUAUAAAGAAAUAAAU